GGGGAAGGGUGGCGGAACGGACCCUGGCGAGCGGACACGGAAGAGCUUGCCGGCAAGCGAGCGCUGAAGCUGUUGCCGCGGGAGAGAGGAAAGUAUUUCAGUGCCUGGAGCGGCGAAAAUUCCUGAGAAUGUUUGACUAUGUCCAAAUGUGUGAAUUGCUGAGGAGAGCGGGCUUGAUCAGCCUCUAGGAGCUGCUUCAUUGCCUCAGUCUGGGUACCCGACAGCCAUGAACGCCGAUGAGAAGGUUCUUCCUGCCUCCCAACGAACGUCACCUCUGACGAGAAGCAGCAGCAAUGCAUCUUCCAAACCUACUAGUGUGCACCAGAACUCUGAGAACUGGGAAGUUAUGGAGGAACCACUGGGAGAUAGCCAUGCUUCUCUGGAUCUUGAGAGGCAGGAAGGAUACUUGCUGAAAAAGAGGAAAUGGCCUUUGAAAGGCUGGCAUAAGCGAUACUUUAUCUUGGAAAAGGGAAUUCUCAAGUAUGCCAAGACUCAACAAGAUAUUCUGAGAGGGAAACUUCACGGUUCCAUCAACAUUGGCCUCUCUGUAAUGUCCAUUAACAAGAAAUCCAAGCGCAUUGACUUGGAUGCAGAAGAGAACCUUUAUCACCUGAAGGUGAAAUCUCAGGAAGUUUUCACCACUUGGGUAUCUAAGCUCUGCUAUCAUCGAUUGUUCCAGAAAGGAGACCAUGUUAAAGUCCCGUAUGGAGCAAAUGGAUACAGUCUUCCCAUCUCUCCAACUAGAGCCAACGUGGCACAGAAGAGCGACCCCCUCAGAGAGUUUGAAGGCAAUGGUCACCUUCCUUCUGCAUCAGCAAGUGGACCAACUGUGACGGCAGAGUGGUUGCAACACUCUGAUGAAUGGGAUCACUGUGGUGAAGAUCUCAGCCAGUGUCAGUUGAAUCUGUCGGAACUGAACAAACUCCUGCAGAAGUUGGAGGUGGUGGACAGGGUUCACUCAGCGCCUGUCAUUUGUGAUGCUCAGGGUUUCCUUGCAGACAAAUCAAAGAAAGAAAAACGUUCCUCCAAAAUAUGGUGUACCCAAAGCUUGGCCAAGGAUGAGACUAAGGCCUCCUGUGAUGCCAUGCGUUCUGCAAAACUACAUGUUUCCACUCCCAGCCUGCCGGACUGCCUGGACAUGAAGAGCACUUCUGCGCCCCUCACUAUAAAGGAGGAGUACUUGCAGCUACAGCAGGAUUUCUGUUCCAUAUCACAGAAAGUCUUCUUGAAUUUGAAGUCUCUCUUCAACACACUGGCAAUAGAGAAGGAAAGGCUCAAACAGAUGUGGGCUGAGAAAGAACAGGAUUCCAGUGCACCAACGGUCCAGAUUGCAAAUAUGAAGAAUGCCUUGUCUGAGGUAAUGUCCCAGAAUGCUGAUCUCCGGAACCGUCUGCACCGAAUCCAGUGUCUCUCCAGCUUUGCCGAUAUUGUGACUAAUCCAUCGACUCCUGUCAAAUUUGAGGAGCAUCUUCAGCCAACACACAGCGUAUCACUGACCAACCAGUUAUCCUUGGAGAGCAACAUCUCACUGUCAGAGUCGCACGUCGAGUACUUCGAUGCUGAAGAUGUGUUGUUGUCUGCCUGCUCUUCCUACAAUGAGAUGUCAGACGAUGAUGACUCCACAACCAGUGAAAUCACCAACAGCAACUCUGAGGAGAAUCUGGACCAUGUGGAUUCAGCAAUGCAGGAGCUAACAGUUGAGGAGGUUCCAAGUUGUGCUUCUGUUAGCACCAUUCAAAGGAGGACAUCUCUCCCAGCUCCUGGCCCAAAUCUGGGCAAUGUCAGUCUUUGGAAUAUCCUGAAGAACAAUAUUGGUAAAGACCUGUCGAAGGUUUCCAUGCCGGUCCAGCUGAACGAGCCGCCUCUAAACACACUGCAGCGACUCUGCGAGGAACUGGAGUUCACAGAGUUGCUGGACACAGCGAGCAGGACUGUCAAUCCAUUCGAACGCAUGGUUUACAUUGCUGCCUUUGCUGUGUCGGGCUAUGCCUCAGCUUACUACAGAGCACGCUGCAAGCCGUUUAACCCCGUUCUUGGUGAAACGUAUGAAUGUAUACGAGAAGACAAGGGCUUCCGGUUUAUUGGAGAGCAGGUUAGUCAUCACCCGCCGGUCUCGGUCUGCCACGCUGAAUCGGAAAACUUCGUCUUCUGGCAAGACGUGAGGUGGAAGAACAAGUUCUGGGGCAAAUCCCUUGAGAUCGUCCCCGUCGGGAUGGUAAACGUGAGCUUACCAACGUUUGGCGAUCACUACCAGUGGAACAAAGUGACUUCCUGUAUCCACAACAUCCUGAGUGGCCAGCGAUGGAUCGAACACUACGGCGAGGUGGUGAUCACCAACACCAAGAGCAGUGUCUGCCACUGCAGGCUAACCUUCUUGAAGACCAAGUACUGGAGCUCAAAUGUAAAUGAGGUGCAAGGCUCGGUGCUGGAUCAGAAUGGGAGGAUUGUCCAUCAGCUGUUUGGCAAGUGGCACGAGGGAGUUUACUGUGGUGGCCCACAAACUGCUAAAUGCAUUUGGAAACCAAAACCCAUUCCUAAUGACCAUGAAAGUUAUUACGGCUUCACCACAUUCGCUCGUGAACUCAACGAACUGACCCUUGACCUUAAGCGUGUCCUGCCCUUGACUGACACACGACUGAGGCCAGACCAAAGAUAUCUAGAGGAGGGGAACGUGGACGGAGCAGAGGUUCAGAAGCAAAGAAUUGAACAAUUGCAGAGGGAGAGGAGGAGGAUAAUGGAAGAAAACAACAUGGUUUACCAAUCACGUUUUUUCACAAAAACUAUUGACGCCAGUGGAAAAGAGUCAUGGAUCAGCAACGGUACUUACUGGGAGUUGAGGAAAGACCCCGGAUUCUCAAAGGUGGACAACCCAGUGCUGUGGUGAGGGCCCAGUUGUACGUUGGGCCAUGUGGAAAGUCUUUACACCUCCCUUAUCCCCCAAGGUCUCACCACCUCCUGUUCCAUUGCCCCUCACCACACCGACCCUGCUUCUCAGGUUUACCUCCUAGCAGGUGCCUUAAAUUUUAUACGAGAAGAGCACACUUGCGUCCAAAGCACAGCGUAUGUGCUGCUAAUAGAUUGUUCCUCCCCACUCUAGCGCAAGGGAGUAGGGGUGUGGGUUCCUGGCUAACUCAAAAGCGCAUUAUUUGGAAAUACACUAAGGUUGUUGCACCUUUCCAUAUCACCUGACAUAAAUGUAAUGUAUCCACAUCUGUUCGUCCUGGACGUCUUUCUUUGAAAGUUUCAUAGAUUAUGAAGAAUAUUUUAUCAAUCAGCCUGUUUUAUGAAGCAUUUUAGUUUCCAAAGAAAGUCUAAGCUUUAUUUUAAAAGAAAAUAGUGUAUAUUUAUUUUGGGAGGUGAUUCUUUUUCUCAUCUUUUGAGUCACUGCUGCUGAUGGUCUGACUGCUAACGCAGUGGGGUUUUAUGAAAUAAUUUGUAAUAGGCAUUCACACAGGGUAAAGAUUCCCUUUGCUACAGAGUUACUCUGAGAUAUAGAUCUCAUGAGCAAUGGUGGUCUGCAGUGGGAAGGAAUUCCUUGAGCAGUUUCCUCCCUCUCUGCUAGUUUCUUGGAACUGAUAGACCAGCUGUAUGUUUAGAAUGGUUUGGAAAUCUCCACUUUGGACAUGCCCCCGGCAGUGGACCAAUGAUGCAAUGCAGGAUUGAAAUGAUGUCUAGCAGAUGUUAAAAAAGAUGCAUUCAGUCUUUUAUGUUACAGCACUGUACACAAUCACUUUUCAAUCAAAGAUUGUGUUUGUAUAGACUGAGAUAAUGCCUCACUAGAGACGUUUUUAACAGUGGUGGCAUUUCAUCCUCCAGGUUCGAUGUAUUUGCAGGUUCCCAGCACGUUUUGAGGGGGAGCCCUUGUAUUCCUGUGAUUAAAAUGACACUUGUCAUUUGCAAAGAUUGUUUUCAUCUCAAGAAAACAAUUGGAAAAUUCUUCAAGAAAGUUUUUUUUAAAAAGCUCUGGAAAGAUACAGGAGCCUCUUAAAUACCAUCUCACGAGCAAGUUGUAGUUGACUUUUCCUUGACUAGUGAGAGGUCUUGGAGCUCAUUAUUAAGUUGUGGCUAACAAGACACAGCAUAUAUUGGCAAUCGAGCAGCAGUCACAAAGGCCCAUUAGAGGGGUUUAUAGAGGUGGUGUAAAUGGUCAAAAGCUAUUGGAUGUUAGUUUGAGGUGUCAAGUGCUGUCAGGAUGCCCUGACUACGCGUGGAAUGACAGUUAUUUACAUUUGUAACUUUUCAUUGCUAAAGUUUGCGGGAUGCACGACUGGCAAGUUUAUCACAUGGAGCCUGAGAUGCAGCGCGGUGUGCAUUUUGCAGUCAGUAGCCUGCGCUGGGGGAAGUGAAACCGUGAUUAAAGUGAGCCCAGUGAUGCCACAUCGUCUUGUUCCAGCAUUACUCAGCUGGAACUCUGCUGCUGUUAGUCCUGGUGUGCAGUCCGCACUCGUGCAGCCGCUGAGUGGUUUGAAAAGCGGUUGUGCUGAACUCUGUGGGAGAGUUGACCUGUAGCCUGUAAGAAGUACUGGGGUGUCCCCAGCUCCCAGAACAGUAAGAUUGGCAGCACUCAUCUGCUCUUGAUUGAACUGCAUUGAGCUUGUGGAAAAGUCGCUGUGCAUUGCAACUCGCUGUGCCUUAACAGUGCUAGUAAUGCAUUGGAAUCACAUUGGGAGCAAGCAUGUGCUUUUCACUGUGCUUAUGGAGUGUUGACCACAAGAUCACAGUUCCCACCUACAUUGGGAAAAUGUUGGGAAAAGCUGUAGGCUUUAGCUCUGUUUGGUCCAGUGGGGCAGUAACCAGAAUGGUUUGGGCUUAGGUUUGAUCUCCGUUCUUUGCCGUCUUAGCUGAUCUCUGCUCUGGAAGAGGUGAGAUGAGGGUUGGUUGGUGUUGGUGGACCCUGGAAUUAGUUCCACAAGUUGUAAAUGGAGGGAAUGGAUAACCAAUCCAUUGGCCUUUUCUUGCCUACUUACACAUCAGAUGCAGGGGUAAGAGGGCUCCACCACUUCAUCACAAGUUUCCCUCGUUCGUGUUGGCCAAGGUGCAAGGUAGUUAUAGCAAGGGGAUGGAUAAUAGCAAUACCUUUGAAAUUCUCUGCACUGAUCCAUUGAUUAUAAAUCUCAUGUUACCAUUUACAGUCAAAUACUAAAAUCUAAUAGGUCAUUUUUCUUGGAAACCAUCACACAGAACUGCAGGAAGUUUGAGAUGUACAGUUUUAUAGUGGGAGCAACUAGGGGGAAUUGCAAGGUACUACAAUUGCUUUAAAUAUUUCUUGGCUUGGGAUAGUUCGUGGCAAUUUUGUUCAGUAUUUCAUAAUGGUCAAUGUUGUGCAAGGACUGGCUGUAGAUUCCACUGUGACUCUCUUUUUGGUGAAAGUAUUCUCCUGAUAUUCACUGACUUGGUGUGAAGAAGAUAGACUAUCAAUCCUUUCAUUGCUUUGAGAUUCUUACCCCUUAGUGAAUAAGCACAACUUUGAGUAGUUUGACAGAGAGGGAUACCUGCAAAUCACUGUUUUAAAUUGUUGUGAAUAAGUCUAAAUAUCUCUAAGCUUAAAAAGGGACCUGUUAUAUGGUUAGUUAGUACUCACCAUCAAACCAGUGGGUUAUAAAGGUGAAUAAAGGAAAUUAAUUAACUGCACAUUUGCAGCACUUUUAAUCAGGAGCUGAAUCAAAACUCCUCAGAUGAGAUACUGAGCCUUGGGACGAAUAUGUAUGAAGGUACAGAAGGAAAUUUUUUUUUAAAGUAAUAACCAUUUCGAGGGCUUGGAAGUUCCUUCUGGUUCUGGUGAAGGCUGUUCACAUACACUGUUAGUGUUUAGCUUGAACACUUUGAAUAUGCAUUUGGAACUGUUACUUGAAGUGUGGAUGUUGGUCACCUUUACCAUUUGAUGGCUUUAUUGCUGCCUGAUUUCCUCCACCCCUACCCAAACCCAGAGUUUGUAUAAAGCUGGUAUUUAUACCUCCCUGAAGAGUUAUCUGCAGGCAGACAACAAACAGGGUCAGACCUCAUGAUCUCUCACUUCUAUAUACUUUAACAAUGAUCACUCAUUCUCAGCAUAGUAUCUCUGUUCAUUUGCUUCAGUAAAGUUUUGAGACUCUGGUCAUUUGAAUUGGAGCAAGAUUUGUUUUAAAAUGGUCGAAAUCAAAUCUGUAUAAUGUGGAUCCUGAGACACAUGAUAUCCAGACUGAAUACUGUGGACCGCAAUGUUGAGGUAGGUUAAGGAAAAGUGGUAAAGUGCAAAAUGCUCACCUUUUAAUACAACCUACCAAGAUUGGGCUAAUUGAGAUUGUUCAGAUGGCUUUGAAUGAAGAAAAUCCACUUGGCUUCAUCCUGUUCAGAGUACUAAGUUAAUCAUCUUCAUGGUACAGUUGGGUUUGGACUCUCCGCAUCCAACAGUCUCUGUCCAGUCGUGGAAGUAUUUCUACCCCUUGUUCAAAUGCUGCUUUGGGAAAUGUUAAAGUGCUGACUUGGGUUUGCUUUCACUCCUUUUUUUUAAAAAAAAAGAAAGAUAGCAUGAGAUGAAGAUUGUUUGGAAAUAAUGCAAAGCUCUUGUCAAGUUGGCAGAAUGUUUUUAUCCCCAAGUUGCAUAAUUUUUACCCCAAACCUUCCCCCACCACUUGAGUCACUUCACAACAUCUGCAGUCGUGUAAUGCUGUCAACUGGCCUUGUGUACCUCUGGGGGAGAAAUGUUACAUUUACUGCAUUCUGCAUUAUUCCAUGACGCUUGCAAAACAAUGACCUUUUUGAAAGUUCCACUCAACAUUGGCUCAGUUAGAGCUUAGACCCAUCCACAUCUUUAAAUCAUGACCAGGACAUAACUCAAAAUGAAGCAUGACAUGAUACCAUAAGAGAAAAAAUGUUCUUUGAGCUUCUCUUAAUAUCUUAGUCAAAAUUAAAUAUUUAUUUUAACUACAACAGUUUUGAUUGGAGAUUUCACGUUUAUACAUUGUUGAUAUUAUCUGAUGACCCAAUUAGUAACGUACUGGUGCCUGUAAUCAUCUCCAGGCAAAUCUUGUGUUGGUCAAUGGGGAGGUGGACAUUGAGCUGUCUUUCAUAUGGGAAUAUAAAGUUACACAUUAAGCAGAUUUAACUUUUGGACACUUUUCCAUGCUAUGCUCUGAGAGAAGUGGAGAGGUCAUGUCUGUGAAGGACAGUUGGUCAUUGACCAUUAUUUCCACGCCUUGCUCACUCCAGUUGCUGCAAAAUGUUGGUUCUUUGCAGAAUGUAAAAGCCAAUUUGCUUGUUGUCCCACCACUAAUUUCGGAAUAGUUUUGCACUAUGCCAAAAUUGCUGUUACUUUGGAAAAGUAAAUGCCUGAAUACAAUCCUCUCUGAAGUACCUUCCUGGCCCUUGAUUCCACACACUAGGAAAGUGAGGUCAAAUUCCAGAAUGUCUCUUGGAGCUUAUACCCUUCAGUGAUGUUGCACCGUUAAAAGGGCAUUUUGUAAGGCAAGGAUGGAACCAAUAUAGUGCAAUCUUUAUACAGUACUUGUAAUAGACCAGCUAUUCUACCUUUUGGUUGUGAGUGAGAAUUGCUGGAAAUUUUGGUUUUUAUCCUCCAAUCUCACCGAGAAAAACUAAUGUUACUGUGCUACUAGAUUCUGCUACCAUAGUUACAAAGAGUAAAUUUCAGCAGAUUUUCCCCAGUAGGGUUAUGGAAUUAGACUGCAACUAGACUGGCAAUACCCCUGAUUUUAGCAUUCCUCGUUUUCUGUUGAUUAGUUUUGCUCUGUGACCACCUCUCCAUUUUUUCCAGAUUUUUGUUAUUUUAUUUAAACAGUGAGGAAAUGAGAACAUCCUAUUAUUCCCACCAAACCUCUUCAAUACUGUUCACUGCCCCAUUUUACAGUGCCCUGAAUGCCAGUUUCUCCCAAUUUUACCACCACUUUCCCCCGGUGAAAUCAGAUUCACAAAAUAUUCAUCAGUUUGUGACCUAUGAAGAGCAAGUAGAACACCCCCAAUAUUUUUCCCACCUUAAAAUGUCCAGCCUCCUUCCCACUUGAUGACUGCACAUUUUUUUGUCAAUAGUUAAUGAGAAGCACCUCUGGUUUCUACCCUUGUGGGUUAGAGCUCAGCUGAAAUUUAAGUAUUUUAGCCAAACAUCAGUACAUUUAUUUCUCUAUCCACUCCAAGGCAAUGUGUUUAUCCUACCACUGUGUCAUUGUGACUUAGCUAUUCAGGCACUCUUUUCACACGGCAACACAAGUAGUCUGCACUGGCAUCUAAGUGAAAAUCCAGUGCCCACAUUGGACUUGUGUGGCAAGUCCAUUAACCACAGGAUUGGUUCUGGCCAUCAAGAUAGAGCAAAACUAGACAGAGCAAGGCGUGGAGGUAACUUAUAAGAGUCAUUUUAAAAGUUACAGAGUCUGAACAUCAUGGGGAAAAAAUGUCAUCCUAAGUUAAACAUUUUAGAAAUCUUUUUGUAUUGUUUUGAAACAUCAUUGAAGCAAUAUUCAAAUAGAUUGUGUCAUCAGGACUUCUGUAUUAGUGACACAAUGACAUCUCCAUUUGAGCACAGUGUGAUAAGGUAUUCAAUACCUUGUACUUGGCAUGUUUAAAUGUUUAUUAAAAAUAUAAUUGUG